GCAGAAGCUACUACGGCGGCAGCUCGAUCGACUCCGACUCUUUGAUUUCGCGGCGCGCGCGCGACGUGGAAACAGUCAUUCAAGGAACGGGCGACGUCGGCAAUGCGGUGGAGCGGUCAGCCAGUAUCUUACUGGAUAUAUCUGGACGACGGAACAUUCAGCCUCGACACUAUCCGAAAAUACCGCUGUCUCGUUUCGUCUUGUACGAAGAGUGCGAGGCGCGGAAAGAGGAGCGUGCGGCGCGUCUGAAGCGGAUGAAACGCGAGCGUGCAAGGAGGGAAUUAGAAGAGAAAGAGCGGGAGGAAUGGAAGUAGGACUCUAAUAUUUUGUUUCCUGCUUACCUUCGAAGUAGCCUUUAGGCAAAUUUGAAUUUGCAUUUUGCAGGAAAUAUGCAAGUGUACUAUCUGUGUCAUGUUGUACGCUCAUGCAGGAAAUAAAAAGUAUUUAGUGACAUGUCGUAUCGAAAUCGGUCCGAAAUCGUGGUCCGUCCUUUAGGCUCCUUUCUCCGCAUCUUUCACCGGAAAAACCGAGUUUUGAACCGUUUUCGGAGGCCGAAAUGCGUGAAGAAUUGACAGCUCGGGAUGAGGAAAGGUCUGAGUGGCUUUUCUCGCGGCGUAGCGCCCUGCCGGCUCCCGUUCCUUCAUGUGAGCGUUCCAAGACAGUUCCGACCGCGGAGAUGGCAAGGAAUAAGCACCAGCUUGAUCCACAACGCUACACGGAUCUUUCGUUGCAUUGGGGACCAACACGUGACGCGACGGGGACGCUCAUGCACUCUGAGUCUUUGGCCCGCUGGCAGCAACAUGUCCAGACCUUCCCGAACACUAACUUAUGUUGAGCAAGAAGUGAUGAAUUAGCAAUGUGAAUAAAUGAGUAAGCAAACGAUCACGCUAGUACUUCACCUUUUAUUCCGGCACGGCUAGGGGACUCUCACAGAGCCUGCCACAUGAAUUCGCAUGUGGGCGCGCAUCGCACAGGCUUAUUGUCCACUUGCUAAGAUUCCGUAAAGCGGCCUUUUUGAAGGACAUACUUGAUUCUAAGAAGGGGAGCAUCUGCUGCCGGCAUCAAAGAUCGAGAGCCGUUGCCGCGCAAGUACCUGUGGUCGAAGGAGGACGGAUUGGCAGGUCGCGUUGCUAGUUGGGAUGCUGAUGAGGGAAGGAAGUUUUGGCGUGGUUGGUCGGCUCACAGUGAAAUGGCACACGAAGGCGUCAGUAAAGCUGGAAAAAGGGAUGCGUUGGAGCGAGCUAAGGCAAUGCGAGAGAAAUACGGCGGGCUUACCCUUGAAAAGGCGCGCAUUGUGGUUGCAUCGCUCUCAAAAAAAAAGGCUGAUGCAUUCACGUCCGAGGAACUUGAACUGUUCGAGCGAGGUAUUCUUUCCUUUAAAAAAAGAUUUGUCAGUCCUGUAGCAUGCAUGCAGACAGCAGAGACUUUCACUUAAUUAUUUUGAUUUUCAUAUGGUAGCACGCAUGUGCUGCUCUUCCUUUUAUCAUCUGCAGUAGAAUUUUUAUGGAAAUUGGCCAUCUCAUCUUCAAGAAAUAACUUUAUCAUCAUCCUUAUCUUCAGCCAAGAAGUAUUUGAUCGAAGUCCAUCAAGAGCGCGCGUCAACUGCUGCCGCGGCAGCAUCUGGGAGCAAGCGCAUACCACGCAAACCUUGGGAUGCGCGUUGGAUCCAUGCGUCACGGUCAUUCGGAAAUGAAGAACGUAUGCCACAGCGACGGCGGUGCUUUUCCUCCUUUCCUAAGAGACCCGAAGCAUAUUUAGACAAGAUGUUGGGCCGCAUGACCAGCGUCACCGAGAAGUUACUAACAGCCGAUGAGAGAAAGUUGAAGGACGAAUUCCUAGGAAAAGUGAAUGCGCUAGCACUCAAAAAGGCUGAGAGAGAAGCAGCACAGGCGAACAAGAAGAAAAAAUGACGAAAAUUCGCGGGACCGCGGAAAGUAGUUGUAGCAUCUGUGGGCGUACUACUGCUACCACCUAGAACGAAGAGGGGGAAUCGCGCUUCUUCUUUCACGUUAAGUAGAAAUCGCUUCCAUGUGCAUGAUGCUAUUGACGUAUAUCAGAGAGACGCGGCUGCGUUUGCUCCGGCACGCGAGAGGAACUCUGUGAUGGAACAAGUAGUGUAGAAGUGCUUCUCCUACAACCGGCAUCCGCCUCCGCCAGCUGAUGUCGGAACUUCGUCACGCACGCAGCGAAGGCUUGCACUCUUUCGUCCCGCUGGCAUCACUGCUGCACCAAAUGGCCAUGUACGUAACUCCCGGUUGUUGACGGCUGUCUUCAUGUACGUAGCUCCCGGUUGUAAUUGGCUUUCGGAUGUUGUCAUGCGUAUUUCGGCGUGGAGAGAACUGCCAUUUCCAACGGCAAUCGUGCCAGUAGUAGCGAAAAAACAACCAACCAUGUCUGUGCAUCAACAAAGACUGGGACCCACAUGAUGCUUAGUACAGCCGCGUCUUAUACGGAUUUCUCGCCAGCAAGAACAAAGUUCCAGCCAGGCAGAGGGCAGAAGCAUUUGACACUACGAAUUGUCACCUCGGGAGCACGCUUCAGAUGGAGAGCUCCGCCUUUUCCUAGGGUUACUUUUCAUGGCUCUGUUUUUGGUUUAGAGACGGCCACUUGAUGGAUUGCCGGUGCUUUUUGAUGGCACUGUAUGUUGUCGACUUGUUUUGUAAGUCAACGCAAUCUGAAUUAGAACAAAAACCAUGCAGUGACACUAAGAAGAGAAACUAGAGAACGUCCGCAAAAGCUUAAGUAAGCUCUCUCUGAUGGGAACCGUAUGAGAUAUGACCAAGAUAGCAACUGCUGUGACACAAGGAAG